GAAAUAUUAGUAUAUAGCAAUUCAAGAAGGAGAGAAGCUAAUAGAAUGGGAGGAGGAGGAGGAGGAUUCUUUUCGGAAGAUUUCACGUUAUAUCACCGUUAUUAAUUAAGAAAAUGCUAUUUUUCCUGCAAUUCCUUUGACCUGGUCUUUGCUUUCCAUUCUUAAACUUCACUGUAUCUACCACCAUCAAUCUUCGAUCAAAGCCUCUCAAAAGCCCUAAUCUCUCACAUCAUUUGAAAACCCUCACAAUCUCCAUCGCAAAAUUAGGAAAUUUCUAUUUAUUGCAUGACAAUCUCCGUUUCAAUUUCUAUCUCCAUUAAUGAUUUCCAGAAUUCGAAUCCCCAAUUUGUGAGAUAGGUCAUUUUGAUAUUCUAAAACUCAAAACUCUGAACUCCUGUGAUACCAAUUUUUGGAAUUUUAGGACUCGAUGAAUCACCAGGAUCAGGAAUCCGAUUCAUAUAAUCUCAUAACCAACUCUUCGGGGCUCGAAAUCAGAUUGUUCUACGUGAGAAUCACGCCGUGCGUCAUCAACAGCGUCCCCGACCAUCUGACUCUUCGCCAUCUUCGCCGCGAAAUCAGCACGCCCCUCGAAAUCAACGGCUUCAGAAUUCCUGCCGCGGAUUCGGCUUCCGUGACCCUCCGCCGUGACCGUCUUAAUAAGGAGUCUUCCGAGGUCACCUACGUCAGCACAGACAGCGUGCGGGUCACCGGCGCCGUGGAAUUUGAAGUGUUGGAGAGCAACGAUUUGUUUUUAUGUGGCUCACUGGAGAGAAUAGAAUCGGUUUGGGGGAAUGGGAGCGUGGGACUGGAAAAUGAUUCGAAGACAGGAUGGAGCAUGGAGUGUUACAUGGCGGCUUCGGUUGGGGAAGGAAGCUCGGUGUUCUUCCAGCCGAAAAUGGGGGUAUCGGCGCCUGCUAUCGAAGUUUAUAUCGCUGGGUGUUGUGGGGGUGUGCCGGUGAUAUUGACUAAGACAAUUUUGGUUAGUCCGAAAAGGAAAUUGUCGAGGCAUGGAAUGCUUGAUGCGAUUCCUGAGGAUGACGAGAUGGAGAUGGAGAAGGAGCGAUCUGGUGGUGGUAGCAAUGGGUCAUUUCGCCUGCGUAAAGUCAAGAUUUCUGAAUCAGAUGAUGAUGAGUGUGAGUCUGAUGGGAAAAUUGCAAACAGAUACUACUCGGAGGACCUGUAUUAUGGUGAGGAUGGCCAACUAACAUGGUUCAAUGCUGGGGUUAGAGUUGGUGUUGGAAUUGGCCUUGGGAUGUGCCUUGGGAUUGGAAUAGGUGUUGGACUGCUCAUGCGAUCAUAUCAAGCAACUACCAGGAAUUUCAGGAGGAGCGCCAAUAUCAGAUCCUCUGCGAUGAUGUCUCACCGUAACAGCCCCGUCCAAUCUCUUCCUUUAGUCGUCACUCUCAACUGCAUAGAGGAUUGCGCCAUUGAGCAAGACUCUCUAGCAGGCGUCGCAAGAGUCGAGCACGUGCCGCUCAGCCACCUAUCUGAUGGCAAGAUUGAAUCAGCUGCCGUUGUGCUUCUCCACUCUCUCGCAUACCUCCCUCGUGCCGCCCAGCGCCGUCUCCGUUCCUACCAGCUCAUCCUAUGCCUUGGCUCGGCUAAUCAUGCCGUAGACUCGGCUCUUGCCGCUGACCUGGGGCUCCGGCUUGUUCAUGUGGACACGUCGCGGGCCGAAGAGAUCGCAGACACAGUGAUGGCUCUAUUCCUUGGCUUGCUGCGUCGUACGCAUUUGCUUUCCCGACAUGCUCUCUCUGCUUCAGUAUGGCUAGGUUCGUUGCAGCCGCUGUGUAGAGGAAUGAGGAGAUGUAGAGGGCUGGUUCUAGGGAUCGUCGGUAGAUCUGCAUCGGCAAGGUCUUUGGCUACUAGGAGCUUGGCUUUCAGAAUGAAUGUUCUAUAUUUUGAUGUUCAAGAGGGAAAAGGAAAAAUAAGUAGUUCUUCCAUAAGAUUUCCACCUGCAGCCCGAAGAAUGGAUACUCUUAAUGAUUUACUAGCUGCCAGUGACCUUAUCUCACUUCAUUGUGCUUUAACAAAUGAAACAGUUCAGAUCAUCAAUGCAGAAUGUUUGCAGCAUAUAAAGCAAGGGGCAUUUCUUGUGAAUACAGGCAGCAGUCAGCUACUAGAUGACUGUGCUCUGAAGCAGCUUUUGAUUGAUGGAACUUUGGCUGGUUGUGCUUUAGAUGGUGCUGAAGGAACUCAGUGGAUGGAAGCAUGGGUAAAGGAGAUGCCCAAUGUAUUGAUACUUCCACACAGUGCAGAUUACAGUGAAGAAGUGUGGAUGGAGAUAAGGGACAAAGCCAUCUCUUUAUUGCAGUCUUUCUUCUUUGAUGGGAUUAUACCAAAGGAUGCCAUCCCUGAUGAGGAGGAGGAAAGUGAUGUAGCUGAUGAAAGUGAACAGUUUCUCAAACAAGACAAUAAACAUGCUCAACCUGCUUCAGUUGAUGAGCAGUUGAAGGUUGAUAUUCUGUUGAGUCCAGAAAGCUCCAACAGAAAAGGUAAU